AUGUUUGUCACCAACUGCGCUUCCACUGGAAAUGACAGCACAUGUGAUGAAACCCCAAUUGAACUGAAGUACCCGGCAUUUCCUACAGUAAUGGGCAUUGAUCAGAUUCGCGAAAUUUUGCCUCACCGAUUUCCAUUUUUGCUGGUGGAUAGAGUGGUUGAGUACAAUCCCGGGGUGUCGGCUGUGGCUAUCAAGAAUGUGACUAUAAAUGAUAAUUUCUUCCCCGGGCAUUUCCCCGAGAGGCCAAUUAUGCCAGGUGUUCUCAUGGUUGAGGCAAUGGCUCAGGUUGGUGGCGUGGUUAUGCUACAACCAGAAGUGGGAGGCUCGAAGGAAAAUUUCUUCUUUGCUGGAAUUGACAAAGUAAGAUUUAGAAAGCCAGUCGUCGCAGGGGACACCCUAGUUAUGAGAAUGACACUUGUCAAGCUGCAGAAACGCUUUGGGAUAGCUAAGAUGGAAGGAAAAGCAUAUGUUGGCGGGGAAGUGGUCUGCGAGGGUGAAUUUUUGAUGGCUAUGGGCAGUGAAUGA